AUGGGAGUCUUUUACAACCACUUUCACUCACAGCUGUUUGUCCAACCUGCAUACCCGACAAGAUCAUUUGCCGGAGAGACCGUCAUAAUCACUGGUUCCAAUGUUGGUUUGGGAAAGGAAGCAGCUCGGCACAUUGCUCGGCUGGGGGCAUCAAAGUUGAUCCUCGCUGUCCGUAACGUUUCAGCUGGAGAAGAAGCCAAGAAGGAUAUCGAAAACACGACUCAGUGCGGCAGAUCAGUUAUCGAGGUUUGGCAGCUUGAUCUAGCCUCAUAUGAAUCAGUAAAAGCUUUCGCUAGCCGCGCAUCGAGUCUGCAGCGUAUCGAUGUACUCCUUGAAAACGCUGGCAUAGCCACUGCCCAAUGGUCCAUGGCGGAAGGACACGAGCGAACACUCACUGUGAAUGUUAUCAGUACUUUUUUACUUGCACUGCUGCUGCUUCCCAAGCUCAAGUCGACUGCUAAGCAGUUCAAUACCGAGCCACGACUUACUGUGGUUAGCAGCGAAGUCCAUGGAUGGAUCAAGUUUCCAGAGUGGAAUGAUCCAAAUGUUUUUGAGACACUUGACAACAAGGAAAAGGCGAAAGCAAGCUUUGGGUCGCGGUAUCCUUUGAGUAAAUUACUGGAAGUACUGGUUGUCCGUGAAAUUGCUCCUAAACUGGAUGGUUCCGGAGUCAUUCUCAAUUACUUGAACCCGGGUCUAUGUCGAACAGAACUUGGCCGCGAGGGCAAUUUUGCGCUGAAGAUCCUGUAUGCCAUCCGGUUCGCACGCACGACAGAAGUGGGGGGUCGGACCUUGGUAGCUAGUGCUGCGGCAGGACGUGAGUCUCAUGGCAAGUGGAUGACCGAUGGUAAGGUCAACGACAACAUGCUCGCGCCAUUCCCACGAAGCAAUGAUGGGAAAAAGGCCUCGGAGAAGAUUUGGAGUGAGCUGGCCGCAAUAGUUGAGAACAUCCAACCUGGAGUCACAAGUAAUCUUUGA